AUAAGGUGGCCGGUCCAAUACAGGCUCCAUCUGCCAAAGAAGCAAUCCUUCUCUCGAGGCCUCGAAAUCACGGACGACUCCCGACCUCGAUCCACAUGCGCGGGCGAGUGCCGGGCAAAGCAAGGUCACUCUGGCUUGUGGGCUCCUUCAGCUACAACUCAGUUAGCAGGUUCACAUGCCACUGUUUCUGAGGCAGAAAGCUCACAUUCUUGGCUUGCGAGAUAUAUAUCAAAUGCCGUUCCUUCUUGAAUAUCGCAACUAUCAACGGCUUUACAUCACUUCGCACCUUCAAGCGGCGAGUGUUUGGAUCAAUGCAAAGGUUGUUGCACCAGUACCAUAACCAUCUCUUGAUACAAACACCCCUUUUGCGGUCUUCCAGCAACUACAAUCGAUCACUUUUCGGUCUUACAGAUUGGAUUCCCACCACCAGCAUAGUAUAUACGAACAACCAUCACCAUAUCCACACCAUGCCGCCUAAGUCAGCCCUCCUGACCGCCGGCGAUCCGCUACCGAGACUCAAGCCCACCUACACCCGCGACCCACUGACCACCGCUCAGCGACUUGCCAACGUCGAGGUUGCUAGAGCCAAGGCGCUCAAGAAUGUCCCUCGCUCGCCACCGCCGGAUGCCAAGCCGAAGAAGAAGUCAAUGGCGCCCCCGGAAGAGACAGAGCGACUGCGGGCGCUGAAAGCGAAGAACAAGGCUCGGGUGGGUAAGUCGACCAAGCCCAGGAAACCACUUACAACAAGAGAGAAGUUGGCGGCGUCGGAUAAGAAGGCGAAGAGUAAGAACGCGAAUGGGUUGAAGAAACGGCAGGCAGAGGCAGAUAGGGAGAAGGAGAAAGUGUUGGAGGGAAGGGUGGACAAGGGUAAGAGGGCCGGCAAGACGAGGACCGUGAAAAGGCCGGGCAUGAUGUCUAUUCUAAGGGAACACUCUCCGACAGCUGUCCGCUUUGCGGGGAAGAAAGACGGCUUGACGGUAAUCUGUCGCCCGACGCAGCGGACAGAGAUGCAUGCUCGCGAGCUGCGGGAGAGGGCGAUGAAGAUGCCGGAGGUGAAGGCUCUGUGGGGGAGCGCUGAGGUGCAGGUCUUUGCGAGGAAGACGAGGUACUCCACAGCGGCCAAGGUUCUCGAGGAUUGCCGCGCCAAAGCAAAGGAGCACAACGAAACGGCUAUCAACGUCCUGAGCAAGCUCGAGAAGCUUGUGGACUUCCGAGUCCUGCCGUAUCCGGGAGUGAUCGAGCUAGAUGCGGUCGACAUCAAGGGCGAGCAUGCCGUCUUCAGGUUUCUCGACCUGCCGGAGCGUGUUCGCAAGCGAGUCUACAAGUUUGCCGUCGUCGAGCAGCGCUUCUUUAUCCCACCCGACCACGAGCAGCCGGACUUGGCAAUGGUCAACAAGCUAAUCAGGAUGGAAAUCCUGCCCGUCUACUACAGCAGCAACACGUUCAAAGUGGAUCUGACGCCACCACCACCGCUCAUCAUCAAGCCCGGACACAGCGCAACGGCACUUGGCAGGCUCGGUGAUCUCGCUGAAGGCACGAAGAAGCUGUCAGGGAUGCAAACCUUCGAGCGCCGGGCGGAGGCUAUCGAAUCAGGCGGUUGGCUCAAGCACAUCCACAAGUGGGUGCUAGACUACGCACCACCGCGCAUCAGCAAGCUCGACUCCCACGGCGACUACGAGGAGGAGGAUGCGAGCUUCAUGCUCGCCAUCGAAUUCAAGCCUAGCGGCGGGAGUGCUAAUGUGGAAAUCCAUCACGAAGCAAGCUGCAUCCUGCCUACCCUGACCGGCUACGGUAGGUGCGCGGUACAACUGACGCCGAAGUGGGUGAACGAGUUGGUGAUUGAGGCCUGCGAAAAGCUUAUGAAGCACAAGGAAUUCCGGGCGGCGGUGCUUGUGGAGCUCGUGCGGGCGGUUCAGGAUAGGGUGCGGGAGUUGGUGGGCAAGAGGUGCGAGGUGGAGAGCGUUUAGUGCGAGGCUAGUAGGUAGAUGAUGUGGUCUACUUUCAAUGGCCUGGUAGCUUUAUGGCGUGGAAGAUGGCGAUGGUGUGGUCACGGUCAUAUAGCAUGCGAAGCUUGCGGAAGCCUUUCCGUCAUAUACUCUUGUUGCAUAGCAUCUCUGUAAUAUUGACCUACGGUCGAGCAAGCUAGGCUAUCGGCAGUGGUUGGCUGCAUGUGUGUACAUGCCCGCCGCUUGCCGCAAAUGAACAAACUGCUUCCGCAGACGCACGGGCCUGUGCUUUGCACUUCGUGCUGCCGCUCUGGCUAGCCUGCUCAGGCCCGAAUGUCACUCUCCAAACUACUGCCUUGGGUGAUUCGGAGAA